CCAGAGAUGUCUCGUAGUAAGGAUUCACUGAUUACAAAAACAAGUAUGAAAAUCCCAGAUUUGAGUGUUUUUGUAUGGCGUGAUAUGCCGUAUAAGAACAAAGAAAAUGGUGCAACGAACAGCAUUGGUCGCAUUCCAUCGGACAUAUCGAUUGUAUUCGAAUACAACGUAUCAGAGGAUGACCCCACAUCCACUCCACUUGUAGCAUUGCGUCGUUCGUUAAGUGACAAGUUUAUAAAUACACAGCAAAGAUUAAGGCUGCGGCUAACGGGUGGUACGAAGAAGAAACGGAAGGGAUUGAAGUUGAAUGACGCUGAUCUGGUGGCGAUUAACGUGACUGGCGUGGAUAACUCAGAAUUGCUUUCAUCGACGAACGAAGAUAUAUUUUUCAAUAACGCCAAUGUGAAUUCACUACGAAUUGGUGAUAAGGAAUAUCGAUUGAUCAGAAACGCUUUGGAUUGUUCGAGUCUAUCAGUGGCGCUGAGACCGAUCGUGGGAUGUCCCUUAAUGGCUAGCUUCGAUAUGCGUUCCGGUUCAAAAGAAUGUGAACCGGUAUUCCAUUGGUACGUUGGAGCAGAAUCUCAAUCAGCUGUGAAACCAGAAGAAAUUGAAUCGUCUGAUAAAGGCAGUAGAUCCUUCAAUUUGCCUGGUUGGCAAUGGCGUCAUCGAGGCCGUUUCUUCGUACCGGACGAAAAAGAUAUCGGGAAACGAGUUUGCGUUCUCAUCGACUUGGGUCGAGACACGAUCACGCGGUGUGCCAUAUCCACUGAACUGAUCAGCAAUAGGCCCGAAGAACCGUACAUCUUUGAGAGGCGACAGGCUGAUUACUGCACUGAAUGGCAACAGGACGGGUUUCGUGUGAUGUCAUACAAUAUCCUUGCUGCAUUCUAUCUGAAUUUGGAGCAGGAACAGGAAGAUUUAUUUUUUCCGUAUUGUCCAAAAGAAUAUCAGCUGUACGGAUAUCGUUAUCCAAUGUUAUUGCGUGAAAUACCAGGAUAUAAAGCGGAUUUGAUAUUUCUGCAAGAGGUUGACGAUCGUUUGCAAAUGCGUUAUUUACCCGCACUGCUACGUGAAUAUGGCUAUGAGUGUUACUUCAAGAAGAAAGCUAUUCAAGUGAAUGAAGGUCUUAUGAUUUGUUUUCGUAGAAAACAUUUCAGGCUUCUUGAGACGUACGACAUGUGGUUAACGGAUCUACUGGAUUUGGAGAAAUUUCCCGAGAAUGAAGAAAUUGUGAAUUUACUCGAACGAGAUCCAGCAGCUAAAAAUCUUUUUGUCACAAGACCGACCGUACUUCAGGUUUAUUUUUAUUGUUUUAUUACUUAUUUGAUGCGUUUAGCAUAUCUGAAACAUUAUAUACGGAAUUGGAAUUUGUUUCAUUUUCAGCUGGUUUCGUUGGGUGUUUCGAAAGACUGCGAUUCUGUGGGCGAGGAUGGAAGAAGUGUGAUAUUAGCGGCGAAUACGCAUUUGUACUUCGAUCCACGGCACGAACACAUCAAAGUGUUACAAACGCUUUUGUGUGCGCGUUACAUUGCCAGGAUCAGUGCUCAUCUGCAGAGAUCGAAUCCGAACUCGAAAGUUUAUCAUCUUUUUGGAGGUGAUUUCAACAGUACACCCGAAGGAGGUGUUUAUGAAUUGCUCACGCAAGGUGAAAUAUCAAAGGAUAAUGAAUGUUGGAAAUGUAACGAAAUGAUGGGUGGUGCAACUAUGGGAACUGCCUUUGAGAAGAGGAAUAAUAUCAAAUUCACGAGUUUAGUGGAUAAUCCAGAAGUGACGAAUUAUACGCGAUUCGAAGGACCGAAUGGUGAAGAACGUGGUUUUGAGGGAUGUUUAGAUUACAUUUGGGGCAGUGAUAAUGUCAAGGUGAAUUACGUCAUUCCGAUGCCAUCCGAUAAACUCUUGUCGAAGCACACGGCGUUGCCGUCGGUGAUAGCACCAAGCGAUCAUUUACCAAUCAUGUGUAAUAUUGCUUUGGAAUAA